GAAUUGUUAACAUUUAUAAAAUCUUAAGAAUAUUUUUAAACAUUAAUAGUUAUAAAUGUUACCUGUACAUGCCAAUGAUAGAGACUAUAAAACUGGUAGAAGACAUCGUGUCAAAGAAAAAUUCCAGUCAUGGUUUCGGGUGAUAUUAGCUGACAAAACAUCUAGAAAUUUGUUUUGUUUUCUUAUGCUCAAUCUGUCAUUUGCAUUUGUGGAAUUAUUUUAUGGAAUCUGGACAAACAGCUUGGGACUCAUAUCAGAUUCCUUUCACAUGUUUUUUGAUUGCACUGCAUUGUUGGCAGGCUUAGCUGCAUCUGUGAUAACCAAAUGGCGUGCCAAUGACAGAUAUCCUUAUGGCUAUGUACGAGCAGAAGUUUUGGCUGGGUUCGUUAAUGGUCUUUUCCUCCUGUUCAUCGCAUUUUUCAUAUUUUCAGAAGCUGUGGAGCGAGCCAUUGAACCCCCAGAAGUAAAACAUGAAAGACUUUUUGUUGUUUCUGUGUUGGGCUUCUUAGUUAAUUUAGUUGGCAUUUUUGCAUUUCAACAUGGGCAUGGUCAUUCGCACGAUGGAGGUGAUCAUGGACAUAGCCAUGGACAGUCACAUAAUCAUGAACACGGACAUGGGCAUGGACAUUCUCAUAAUUAUAGUAAAGAAGGCAAAGAAGAUGUUCAAGGAAAUGGAGGAAAUAGCCAAAUAAUGCAUGGUGUCUUCCUCCACAUUUUAGCGGAUACGUUGGGCAGUGUUGGUGUAAUUGUUUCAGCCGUUCUUAUGAACCAGUUUGGUUGGAUGAUUGCUGAUCCAAUUUGUUCCAUGUUUAUAUCAACUCUCAUUGGCUUUAGUGUCAUUCCAUUACUUAAAGAUUCCACUUGCAUACUAAUGCAGAGGACACCUAAAGCUCUUGAUAACGUACUUCCUGGUUGUUACCAAAGGGUUAUGCAGUUAGAUGGUGUAUAUAGUGUUCAAGAGCCUCGUUUCUGGACACUAUGUAGUAACGUAUACAUAGGUACUAUAAAAUUAGAAGUAGCACCAACUGCUGAUGCCAGAUAUCUUUUGAGCCAUACUCAUAAUAUUUUUACACAGGUUGGUGUGCGGCAGUUAUAUGUGCAAAUUGACUAUGCGCUAGUAUGAGAGACGGUUAGUGAUAGAUCUUACUUAAUACAUUUCUUACAUUUGUUCCUGAAACUGCAUUUUUUUUCAUGGAGUUUGUGGAGGAACUGAAAAUUAUCUGAAGACAGAGUCAUCAGACAAAAGUUGCUCAGAUCUUUACCAACCACCUAUUUUAGGUGAACAGCAACAAAAUGGAAACUUUUUUUAAUACUAGUCUUAAAUUUUAGCUCUUAAGACUUGAUUUGUCCUUUAAAAUGGGUGUUUGUAAGCAUUGCCGUAAAUUCUAAUGCUGUCUUCUUUUUUCUACAGUAUUUUUUUACAUUUUGGAGAUUCUAUUUGUAAAAGAUAGAAUAUGGCACAUUUAAGUGGCAAAAAUACAAUUUUUGUUAAAUAAAUGCAAAUUAUUUUUAAAUUCAAGGAUAUGUGUGUAUAUAUCCUAUACUCAAAUUUUACUUCUACAUAUGCAAAGAACAAAAGCAAUGAUGUUAAUGAUCACCAAUUCCAAUCAAACAGAAAUAUCAGAGACAAAUCUUGUGCAUAAAGUAUGUGAAAUUGUUAUUAUUGAGAUAAAAUUAUGAAGUUAAAAAGCAGUUUUUAUAAAACAAAAAAAGCAUGAAAUUUUUUUAGACCACAGUACGAACGCUGAAAAAUGCCUAGAAAAAAGUUUCGUUUGCCACAUCUGGUAACUAAAAAAAAUUAGUUUUUCAGAGACCUAGAAGCAUAAUAAGUCAGAAAAUACAAUGUUCCCAUGAAAAUAGUUGCACAUUAUGUUUUUAGAGGCAGCAGAAGUUGAGUUGUUCCAGUAGCAUUUUUUGUUAUUUCUGGGGAGUUUCUUUUGAUAUAUUUCGCAUUUUUCGACUUUAAAGAUGUUUACAACUAGUAAAUGUAUCUGGUUAAAGCUUAUUUGAUAGUAUUAAGUCAAUAUAAAACUCUACAGUCAUUUUUGCAUGUUACUGGUAAUUUUCCUGAAAUUCAACCUUUUUUUGUAACUUGCUCAUUUUAACUUGUAAUAAAAACACAUAUAUUAUUUUGAUAAAUGCAGUAUUUUAAAAUUUAAAAUGCUAAAAAGAUCUGCUUAAAAUUUUAAAGCAGUUAAUUACAAGUUUUGACAUGAACAGUGAAAGAUUUCUACUAAAUAAAUGCAUGGAUACCUCAAAAUUUUCAUGCUCAUUUUGCAAACAAAAUAUCACAAAUCCUUACAAUUAAAUGUAAAAGAGUAAAUUUAAAAAUGAAAAUAAAUUUCCCAAAAUUGCUAAGCCACCGCAUUGGUAUCCGAAUAUCUAGCAUUAAUAGUAAUCAUAAACAUUUUUAUAUUUGCAAUUAGUUUAAGUCACUGCCAGUGUCACUUGAAUACAGUAGACUCUCGUUUUACGCGGGGGUUACGUUCUACGGAAUGCCACGUCAAUCGAAACCACAGAAAUUGAGAUUUUAAAGAAGUGUUAAAAUAGGGGUUUGGUUCCGCAGAUAACAAAAUACUUCAUUCUAGUGAUGAUUAAUUGUAUAUAAGUUUAAUGUGCACUUAUAUCGACUUGUUUGUAAAGAGGAGCUGGCGAUGAUAGUCUUUUGGAAGUCAUUAAGAAUUUUUCUAAGUAAUUCUUUGCAGAGCAUUAACGCAUCCAUGAUCACUUGCGUCAUUUCUAUGAUCAAAUCUUCCUUCACUAGCAAAUCAGAAAGAUCAUUUUUAUUGUCUAUAGGAAUGACUCAUAAUUUUCAAUGUGAACGUUUUUGAUUGUGCGUCACCAAUGUCCAUAUUCUCGUUGGUGUUGGCCUCCUUUGUCACUCCUAAAAGCUCUUCUUCCAGAGAGUUCUGAACUGUGUGAGUUUAAUAACUUUACUUCUGGAAAGAGCUCUGGAACCAAUCGCAUAAAAUGUCUCCAGUGGCCCAAGAUCGAUCAUUAGCACGCCAAAAUGCAAUCUAUUAUGCAUAAUCUGCAAUCUUUAGGAGUUUGGAUUUUAAAAGAGGGGAGAAUUUCAUCUAUUUGCAUUGCCGCAUCCACCUAAAACCGAAACUCAUCUGCGUAAAAUAAAAUAAAGGUGCCAAAUCUUAAACCGCGUAAAAUAAACCUGCGUAAAACGAGGGUCUACUGUUCUGUCUAUUUUUGCUUUUAUCCUUGCAUUCAACCUUAUUUUUACAACUGUCAUGACAUGAACAAGCACCUGAACAAAGUAGUUUGUCCCGUUUGGCAAGAACAUUAGUUUGAAAUGCAAAAAGUCCUUUUGCAUAAACAUGAUACCCGCUUCAGCAUAUUUUCCGGUAUGUACGGAAGUGAAUGCCACUGUAUGGUAAUUGCUUCAUUAAUAACUACCCAACCAUGUCCAUUAAUAACUACCCAAAAAUGUCUGUCAGAGGAAGGAGCUUUGAUAAACAUCUGCUGGGAAUUUUUGCUUGAUAAUUUGCUGAUGACAUAGUAAAGCUUCAUAAGUAAGAGGUAACGAUGCCGCACUUUUAUAUUUCAGUUUAAAUAUUGAGUAUUGGGCAUCAUUUACUUUAUUAUGCUUUUCUUGACCAUAAAGUUUACAAACAAAUGAUUCGUAUGUAGGAAUGAAUUUAGGAUCAAGUUCCCACUCAUAACCAAGUUUUUGGAAAGCCUUUACAUAGGC